GAGUAGUUGUUGUUGUUGUGUUGUGAAACACAAGUCUUGAUUUCUCAAAUUUUGCAGAGAGAGCGAAAGAGAGAGAGAGAGAUUCAUCUCUCACUCCCGCUUCACUCUCCCACUUUACUCACAAAAUCUCUUUCAACCCUAAAACGACUCCGUUUUCAUUUUAUUCUUCUACCGAUUUCACUUUUUUCACUUCACAAGAGAAGAAGAAGAAUAAGACCACGAGAAGGAACAAUGGACUCGCGCGCACAGUAUAAUCCUCGCACUGUUGAAGAGGUUUUCAGAGAUUUCAAGGGUCGUCGUGCUGGUCUCAUCAAAGCUCUCACAACUGAUGUUGAAGAUUUCUAUAACCAAUGUGAUCCUGACAAGGAAAAUCUGUGCUUAUAUGGCUUCCCUAGUGAGCAAUGGGAAGUGAAUUUACCUGCUGAAGAAGUUCCACCAGAGCUUCCUGAGCCUGUGCUGGGCAUUAACUUUGCUAGGGAUGGCAUGCAAGAAAAAGAUUGGCUAUCUUUAGUUGCUGUUCAUAGCGAUGCAUGGUUGCUUGCUAUUGCUUUCUACUUUGGAGCCAGAUUUGGGUUUGACAAAUCUGAUAGGAAACGUCUUUUCAACAUGAUCAAUGAACUGCCUUCAAUAUAUGAAGUUGUUACCGGUGCAGCAAAGAAACAAGUUAAGGAGAAGUCUUCAGUCUCAAACCAAAGUGGCAGCAAAUCCAAGUCUAGCUCGAAAGUGCAGCGUGCUCCAGAACCCCAGGUUAAGCAGCAGCCAAAGGCAUUGCCACCACCUAAAGACGAGGAAGAAGAACUGGACGAGGAAGAUGAAGAUGAACACGGAGAGACCUUAUGCGGUGCAUGCGGAGAGCAUUAUGGCACUGACGAAUUCUGGAUUUGCUGUGACAUAUGCGAGAAGUGGUUCCAUGGGAAAUGUGUGAAGAUCACACCUGCUAGGGCUGAGCAUAUCAAGCACUACAAGUGUCCAUCGUGCAGUAACAAAAGAGCUCGCCCUUGACGACAUAAUGAAGCAAGGUUUCUCCGUCGUUUUGUUGAUCGUGUUGUUGUUCUGGAUUUUCGUUCUAGAUGUUGGAGUUAAUGGAUAGUUUUUGGUUGGCACAUUUUUUAGAUUUUUUUUUUCUUUCUAGUCUAUAGAAUUGUGAUGUGUUUGGUUUUGUUGUUGUUGUCAGCUGCAAUUCAGUUGAUUCCUUGUUGUGUUUGUUCAAUCUGUAGUUUAUUUUAAAUUAUGAAUUGCUGACUUUAGGGAAAGUGAAAUCUUUUCCUUAAUGUUAAGGGAAAAACUAGGAUAAUGAAACAGAAAUUUAUUUUAAAUGGUGUUUAGUUACUUUUUUU